AUGGCUGUUCUUUCUCUUCUCACAGUGGCUCUGGCCCUUUCUUCUCCGGCCAUGGCCCGACCUCGUCCACAACUCGGUAACGGAGAUGAUGCUCAAGAGCCAGGUGCUGGUUUGGGCGAUGGUCUCAUCCCUACUGUCCUCCCCGGUGCUGGUGCUACUGAGACCGGUGGUCUGGGUGGUGCCCUUCCUACUGGCGGACUCGGCGGUUUAUUGCCCGGUGCUGGUGGUGCUGCCCCCGGUGGCGCUCAGGACGGCGAGACUAUGCGCGAAAAGAUCGAGAAAUUCCUUAACGACCUUUUCGGAGGUGGUGGAAACAACGCCGACCCUCCUGCCGCCGCUCCCACCGGCGGAGCUGGCGGCGAUGCCAGCACUGCCACUCCUGUCGCAACUCCCGGCAGCGGCGAUGCUGGAGCUAACGAGUCUCCUCUCUUGACUCCUGGCAGAAACAACGCUGGCGCCGGUGGUACCAUUCCUACUUUCGUUGCUGGACCUGGCGCAGGUUUCGGAAACGGAGGCGCUUCUGAUGCCCCUGCCCAAACUCCUGGUUCCGGUAACGGUGGAAAUGCUGAUGCUUCCGAGGCUCCUGUCGCCCCUACUCUCGUUCCUUCUCCUGGCAGUGGUCUUGAAGGCCCCGGCACUGCCCCCGGCGCAAUAAUUCCCACCUUUGUUGCUGGGCCCGGUCAAGGCUUCGGAAACGGCGAGACCCCUACCCCCGGAGCCGGAGCCGGCGCUGGUAACGGCAACGACAACUCUUCUGACGCCCCCCAAACCCCUACCCAAACACCUGGCAGCGGCAGCGGCACUCUGCCUACCAAUGAUUUGGCCGCACCUAGCGGUGCCAUCCCUACCUUUGUUGCUGGACCUGGUAACGGCUUCG